AUGACGACACUAGAACAGCAGAGAUGGAUUAAUGUCCAACAAAAGACGUUUACAAAAUGGCUGAACACGAAGUUAAUUUCAAGAGGCCUCGAGGUCAGGGACCUAGUCAAAGACUUCAGCGAUGGUGUCAUGCUUAUCCACCUCCUUGAAUCUCUCUCCAACGAGUCCCUCGGCCGGUACGCCUCGAAGCCAAAGUUACGGGUCCAAAAGUUUGAAAAUGCCAACCUAGCCCUUGACUUUAUCAAGUGCCGUGGUAUUCAAAUGACGAAUAUCGGCGCAGAGGACAUUGUUGAUGGCAACCGCAAGAUUGUCCUUGGACUCAUCUGGACCCUCAUCCUUCGAUUCACCAUCAGCGACAUCAAUGAAGAGGGCAUGUCUGCCAAGGAAGGCCUGCUGCUAUGGUGCCAGAGGAAGACGGCCUGUUAUGAUGAGGUUGAAGUGCGAGACUUUAGCGCGAGCUGGAACGACGGGCUCGCCUUUUGUGCCUUGCUGGACAUCCACAGACCAGACCUGAUCGAUUAUGACUCCCUAGACAAAUCGGACCAUCGCGGAAACAUGCAACUGGCCUUCGACAUUGCUCACAAGGAAAUCGGCAUCCCGCGCCUCUUGGACGUGGAGGACGUCUGCGACGUGCCAAAGCCUGAUGAACGAAGUUUGAUGACGUACAUUGCAUAUUGGUUUCACGCCUUUUCUCAAAUGGAAAAGGUUGAGAAUGCCGGCAGGCGCGUUGAGAAGUUCAUCAACAACAUGCAAGGCGCAUGGGAGAUGCAGAGUGCUUAUGAAAAGAGAAUGAAGGAGCUUCUGGAGGCCUUGCGACGCCAGGUCAAGGAGUGGGAAUCGGCUCAAUUCGAGGGAACGUACGCAGACGCAAAAGCUCAGGCCAAGAAUUUCGCCACGUACAAAAGAGGCCAAAAACGGGACUGGGUUGCUGAGAAGAGCGAUCUUGCCACCCUCCUUGGCAACAUCAAAACCAAGUUGGGAACGUAUCGAUUACGGCCGUAUGACCCUCCGGCAGAACUUAGCUUGGAGGCACUGGAUAGGGAUUGGGGAACACUGACCAGGACGGAAAUGUCGCGUGCACAAUUGAUCAACGAAACCAUUCGCGACAUAAAAAACGCCCUACGAAAGUCGUUCGCUGAUAAAGCUAAUGACUUUGCAAUGGCACUCAACACAAUGCAAUUGGCCAUUUCUGGGCUCGACGGCGAUGUGGAAGACCAGUGGCAUCACGUCAAGAAGCUCAGCGACAACUUGCCGCCGCUGGACCGUUACCUGGAAACAAUAGAGGCUGUGGAUGCCAAAUGCCACGAGGCAAACAUUGAAGAGAACGACUUCACGACAUACACAUACGAUGAAUUGGCUUACGAACUGGGGCUUGUCAAGCUGUCAGUGCAAAAAAAGCUGUCGUUCUUGGAGAAUCAGAUGGUGGCUCGAAGCAUGACCAAUCUCACGCCCAUCCAACUGGAGGAGUUUGAGAGCGUCUUUCGUCAUUUUGACCGAGACAAUUCAAAUUCCCUCCACGAACUAGAGUUUGGCGCCGCUCUGGCUUCUCUCGGCUUGGUGUUUUCAGAGGAAGAGAUGCACGACUACUUCAUGGAGACAUCCAACGGCCGCGAUGAAGUAACCUUUGAGCAAUUCAUCCGGUUCAUGGUCGACGUCACCGAGGAUCAAAAUACGGCAGAACAGGUGUUCCAGUCGUUCCGUGAAGUUGCCGACGGCAAGCCAUACGUUACGGAAAUGGACUUGCGGCAUAGUUUAGUGCCGGACGAAGUUAUCGAUAAACUGGUCGAAAUAAUGCCUCCCCACAAGGGACCGGACAUGUCCCAAGAUCGCGGACAACCGCAAUACGACUACAUCUCAUUUAUGGAAAAGAUGAUUGACGUUGAAGACAACCCGGAUGACGUGCCGAUGCACGUUUUGAAGGAUCGGACUAAUCUCGGCGACACGAGUCCGCGAAAAGGGUCCAAGACAAACGGUCUUCAUGGUUGA